AUGGUUCACUCGACCAGCAAGACGUACCAAGUCCGCUCAGAAGGCAUAUUUCGCGGAUUGCCUGUCAUUGAUCCUGCCCAGAGAAAUCUUCGAGCUAUCGUUGUCGGCGCCAGCGGUCAAUCUGGCCAACCCGUGGUGGAUGUGCUCAGCUCCAGUCCGGACCGGUGGGAGAAGAUAUAUGCCCUGUCAAGGAGACCGCCGGCCACAGAGGCGAAGAACGUCGAGCACGUAGCGGUGGACUUGCUCUGGGAGCCUGGUCAAAUUGCGAGUGCCUUGCGGAAACACAAAGUCCAGGCUGAUUACAUCUUCUACUUCGGCUAUGUCCAGGUUGCAAGACAAGGCUCCGACUCAGAGGUGUUUGGGGAUGCAAAUCACUUGGCUGAAACGAAUGGGCGGCUCUUUGAGAACUUUCUUUCCGCCUUGGACCAAGCAGAUGUUCAGCCCCGGCGAAUCUUGCUUCAAACUGGAGGAAAGAACUACGGCGUCCACCAAGGCCACGUCAACGUCCCUCUGACCGAAGGAGCUCCUCGCGUCGAGUUGGAGCCCAACUUCUAUUACACCCAAGAAGAUUUGUUGGUCAAGUAUGCCAAAACUCACCCGGGGGUCAGCUACAACGUGACAAUGCCGCAGUGGAUUCUGGCCGCCGUCGCCGGUACAGACAUGACCAUCUUCUAUCCGCUUGCAGUCUAUGCCGCCGUUCAACGAAAGCUGAACCAGCCCCUGAGGUAUCCCGGGGAUUUUGUAUCUUGGGAUAACAAUCAUCCCAUAUCCUCAGGUUUCAUUCUGGGUACAUUUUACGAGUGGUUAGUCUUGAACCAAGGCACGGCAGGGGAGUCUUUCAACAUCACCGAUGGCUCCGAGUUCACUUUCUCAAAGUUGUGGCCAAUUCUGGCAUCCUGGUUUGGCUUAGAGUGGCUUGCACCUCAGGAGAACGCCAGUUACCACGAGGUAGAGCUGCCAUUUGUCCCGAGAGGAUACGGCCCAAAGGGAAAACUCCGGUCAACUUUCAGCUUCAUCGAGUGGGCAAAGGAGCCCGCAACUCGGCGAGCCUGGGCUGAGCUGAAGCAAGAAUACGGGCUCAAUACCGAGCCUUUGCAAGAUCCCGACAAGACUUUUGCUUUUCUACAGUUUGCGCUCGAGCUGACAUGGUCCUGGCAAACGAGCAUGGACAAAGCCCGCAAGUUUGGUUGGCAUGGUACUGUGGAUUCUAUCGAAUCUAUCCAUGCGGUAUUCAAAAAGUUUACCGAGAUGAAAAUGCUUCCACCGUUCUGA